ACUCGGCUCAAAUUAUGAAAACAGAAAUAAAAUCAGGGUAUAAUGGAAACUUUCUUAAAUCACUAAACCCGAUCCUGUACAAGAACAUUUCCCUCAGGUUCAGAUCGCCUGAAGUUAAACAAAAAAAAUGCUCCGGUCACUUCUUCUCCGACGCUCCGUCGGCCAUUCUCUCGGAACCCUAUCUCCGUCUUCAUCCACCAUCCGUUCCUCAUUUUCGCCUCAUCGUACUCUCUGCACCACCGGUCAAACAUUGACACCACCACCGCCGCCACCGCCACGUCCUCCACCUCCGCCUCCGGCCACCGCCUCAGAAGCUCAAUUCCGUAAAUACGCCGGAUACGCAGCACUCGCUAUCUUCUCUGGAGUUGCUACCUAUUUCUCAUUUCCAUUCCCUGAGAAUGCUAAACACAAGAAGGCUCAAAUCUUCCGUUACGCUCCUUUACCUGAAGAUCUUCACACUGUCUCUAAUUGGAGUGGUACUCAUGAGGUACAGACUAGGAACUUUAAUCAACCGGAGAAUCUUGCUGAUCUCGAAGCUCUUGUUAAGGAAUCUCAUGAGAAGAAGUUAAGGAUUCGUCCCGUUGGAUCGGGUCUCUCGCCUAAUGGGAUUGGUUUGUCUCGCUCUGGGAUGGUGAAUCUGGCGCUUAUGGAUAAAGUUCUAGAGGUGGAUAAAGAGAAGAAGAGAGUUACGGUGCAGGCUGGGAUUAGGGUCCAGCAAUUGGUUGACGCCAUUAAAGACUAUGGUCUUACUCUUCAGAACUUUGCCUCCAUUAGAGAGCAGCAGAUUGGUGGUAUUAUUCAGGUUGGGGCACAUGGGACAGGUGCUAGAUUGCCUCCUAUUGAUGAGCAGGUGAUCAGUAUGAAGCUGGUUACUCCUGCGAAGGGAACAAUUGAACUUUCAAGAGAGAAAGAUCCGGAGCUCUUUCAUCUAGCUCGAUGUGGCCUUGGUGGACUUGGAGUUGUUGCUGAGGUCACCCUCCAAUGCGUUGCAAGACAUGAACUUGUGGAACACACAUACGUCUCAAACUUGCAAGAAAUCAAGAAAAAUCACAAAAAAUUGCUCUCUGCAAACAAGCAUGUUAAGUACCUAUAUAUUCCUUAUACCGACACAGUCGUGGUUGUAACAUGCAAUCCUGUAUCAAAAUGGAGUGGGCCACCUAAGGACAAACCAAAGUACACUACAGAUGAGGCUGUACAGCAUGUCCGUGAUCUCUACAGAGAGAGCAUUGUGAAGUAUAGGGUCCAGGACUCUGGUAAGAAGUCUCCUGACAGCAGUGAGCCAGACAUACAGGAGCUUUCAUUUACAGAGUUGAGAGACAAACUACUUGCCCUUGAUCCUCUCAAUGACGUUCACGUUGCAAAAGUAAAUCAAGCUGAGGCAGAGUUUUGGAAAAAAUCAGAAGGAUAUAGAGUAGGGUGGAGUGAUGAAAUUCUGGGCUUUGACUGUGGUGGUCAGCAGUGGGUGUCAGAAUCUUGUUUUCCUGCUGGAACCCUCGCCAACCCUAGCAUGAAAGACCUUGAAUACAUAGAAGAGCUGAAAAAACUAAUAGAAAAGGAAGCAAUACCAGCACCUGCUCCAAUAGAGCAGCGAUGGACAGCUCGAAGUAAGAGCCCCAUUAGUCCUGCAUUCAGCACUUCAGAGGAUGAUAUUUUCUCAUGGGUUGGUAUAAUCAUGUACCUCCCGACAGCAGACCCUCGCCAGAGAAAGGACAUCACAGAUGAAUUUUUCCACUAUAGACAUUUGACACAGAAACAAUUGUGGGAUCAAUUUUCUGCGUAUGAACAUUGGGCUAAAAUUGAGGUAAUCGUAGAUUUUCUAAUCUAAAUAUGAGAUUCUUGUAUCUUAACACACAGAUACCAUCAUUCUCACUUAACUAUGUCCUUCUGAUUCACUCACAAAAAGUCUCUGUAUCUUAAUUACAUUUUUUCUGCUUGAACUACAACUGUCCUCAUUGUGAGAAGUAAGCAAAGGGAAUGAGAAUCUGUUGAGGUAACUAUUUAGAGUGUAGACAAUUUCUAAUGUUUUCUGUUUGAUAUUUAUAUAAUCAGAUACCAAAAGACAAAGAAGAACUUGAAGCCUUACAGGCAAGAAUAAGAAAACGUUUCCCAGUGGAUGCAUACAACAAAGCACGUAGGGAGCUGGACCCAAAUAGAAUCCUCUCCAACAACAUGGUGGAAAAGCUCUUCCCAGUCUCCACCACUGCUUAAAACAUUUUCAUCAAUAGGUUUUUUCCUCUUUUUGGGAUCCUAUACAUCUUUUUAUUGCAUCUAUAAGUUUUUUUAAGAAGAGGUGAGGAAUGAGUGAAUCCAAUAUAUUUGUCAUAUUUGUCACAAAACUGUACAUUGAGUUUUACCACUCUUUUCACAGUUCCUAUGAAUAAAUAUUUGUUCUUUACUUUCUCAUUCUUGUUGAGUUAUUCUGACUUCUUAAUCUCAUUUCCCC